UGAAGCACUGAACUAAAACGCUCUCUCAGAGCAGAGACAAACACAGAGAGGUUCAAAGCUAGAGUUUUUAGUACCAGAAAAGCAUGGAUUUAAUGGAACUGUUUUUAAUUUCUCUUGGUGCGGCAGUUGUUGUCUACUAUGGAGUGAAACUGCUGCUUUUCACUAGAAUGCUUUUUCCAAACCUGUGGUUUCCACUGUCAAAGACAUUCUUCACGUCUAUGGGAGAAUGGGCAGUGGUGACUGGUGCUUCAGAAGGCAUAGGAAGAUCGUAUGCAUUUGCACUGGCUGAACAAGGAAUGAGCGUGGUUAUCAUGAGUAGAACCAAAGCAACAUUGGACCAGGUAGCCAAGGAAAUAGGUGAUAAAACAGGACAGAGAGUGAAAGUCAUAGUGACAGACUUCACACAGGAAAAUGUCUUCAGUGAAAUUGAGGGUCAACUUAAGGACCUCAACAUCGGGAUUUUAGUCAAUAAUGUAGGCAUGCUGCCCAGCUUCAUCCCCAGCAAAUUCCUUGAUUUUGCAGAGUUGGAUCAAACAAUUACAAAGGUGAUAAACUGCAAUGUGAAAACUAUGGCCAAGAUGUGCAAAAUAAUCCUUCCAGGCAUGGAGAACAGGGGAAAAGGGGUGAUUUUGAAUAUUUCGUCUGGAGUGGCUUUUAUUCCAUUCCCUAUGUACACCCUGUAUGCUGCAUCUAAGGUGUUUGUGGAAAGAUUUUCUCAAGGUCUUCAAGCUGAAUACAAAGAUAAAGAGAUUAUUAUACAGGCAGUAUCUCCAUUUGGGGUCUCCACUCGGAUGGCAGCUUACCAAAAAAGCAAUUUAGUGACUCUGUCACCAGAAGACUUUGUAAAGAGCUCCCUGCAGUACAUCAGAGCUGGAGACAAAACACCCGGCAGUAUCUAUCACAUAGUCCUGGGCUGGUUACUGCAGACUAUUCCUCUCAAAGUUCUCCAUGCAGAGUCUAUGCAACACGGCCUAAAAGACUAUGUCAAGAGGAGAGCAGCAGAGAGAUUGUGAAAAUGGUAGAAAUUAAUAAACAGGAAGAGUAAUGUGAAGACAUUUGGUUUUAAUUUGGUAAUUGUAAAUUGGUAAUUAUGGUAAUUAUGUUUUCUGUUUCUCAUUUAAACAUAGUGAUGAAUCAUGUGAAAGUAUUAUUAGGUACUGUAGUAUCCCGUAGUAUUUUCUGUUUUAGCUUUUGUAACACUGUGUGUAAACCACCUUCAGGAAAGCACCUUUAUGAAUGAUGCAAGUUUCCCACAACUUGUAUUUGAUCCAUCUACUCCAUUUGGUUAUAAGAUAAUAUUUCAAUUUUCAAUAUGAGUUAUACUGUGACUGUAGCUGCUGAUGAAUUGAUGGUGAAUGCCCAGCUGACUUUUUUCCUCAGUGAUAGAAAACAUUAAUGAGACAUAACAAGCCAUGACAUGACAUUUCAUUCACCAACCACACCCACGUCAAAUAAAAAAAAAAAACCUUUACUUCUAUAAACACGCCAACCCACACAGUCAGCACUGUCAGUAGGUCUUUAGUCAGGCAUGUCAAUGCAAUAACCUACUUAAUAUUUUCAGACAUUUACAUUAAUACUAAUAUGAAUUCUAAUGUCUUUCAAAGCUGAGUCCUUGUACUCAACAAAUGUGGCUAAUCAUUAAUGCUGGCAGGUUUGUGUGUGUGUGUAUGAGAGUGUGUGUGUGUGUGUGUGUGUGUGUGUGUGUGUGUGUGUGUCCAAUUCCCCAUAGUCAUAAAUCUUUUAGAGGAAUAUGAGCGCUAAUGAGUCUGGCGCCUUAUCUGCUGAACUGAAGGAACUGUCCAGUUCUGUUAGUCACUCCCAUACACAUCAUGUUGUAAGUCAGACAGGCACGCACACACAAACACACACACACACACAGACACAGACACAGACACAUACACACACACAAAAACCUGUAACUGUCAUUAGCAUCCUCCUUUCCCCUCUGAGAUGGUGGAAACAUUUGAUCACAUGAUGAAUACAGCACCAAACGACUUGGUGUCAGUCACUGUUCUGAUCUCCACAAAACCAGUUGGGGGCAGAAUAGAACUGAUGAGCAUCUACCUGAUUCCUGAGAAAUGAGAAUUCACUAGAGACCGGGGUUUGAUGGCCUGCUGCUUACAGGUUGAUGGACAGUGUUUAAAGCAUGCAAGCAACAUUCCCUCAUCUGUGUCCACACAUUUGCAGAUGCACGCAAGCAUUUGAAUUAGUAUAUGCUACUGAAAAGUCUGACCUAAAAGAGUCACUAAUCAAAUGGUGACCGGGCUAGACAGGCGUGAUGAAUGAUCCUGAGAGAGAGAGAGAGAGAGAGAGAGAGAGAGAGAGAGAGAGAGAGAGAGAGAGAGAGAGAGAGAGAGAGAGAGAGAGAGAGAGAGAGAGAGAGAGAGAGAGAGAGAGAGAGAGAGAGAGAGA